AUGAACUCUGUAGCAGUCAUACCUGGCGUCUCGAUCGGACCGUUAUGUCUGGGCGCCUCGCUACACGAUGUCCUGACAAUAAUCAAAGAAGAUCCACAGCUCUACCCCAAAAUCGACGUCCACCACUCCCAGACAGAACCAGUCACGACCCCAAUCGUCGUGACACUCCCUAAAAAUGGCCUCCGCCUCCGCUUCGACGGACGCAGCGACCUGAUCAAGACCCGCGAAGACACACCCACUCCCUCCGGCCCAAUCUUCAAGCGCAUUUACGAACUCUUCGGCCCUUCCUACCCAGGCGAGUACUUUCCGCCGCGAGACCGCUCACAAACCGGCACAUACGUCUCCUCCUGGCCCGGCGUAGCCUUCAACUUCCCACUCCAACAUUCCGCGUGGUCCAAAGAUAAAGAUCAUGUAGCCUUACUGGGCUCGCACGCCGCUUCACCUGCCACCAGUAUGGCGUUAUUCGAGGGCAAAAGCUGGUCCGAUGCGCGACGAGAUCUGUUCGUGCGCCAGCCCACAGGACCACGAUUGUCACAAGCGGGUAUUAGACCUAGAGAUAAUUUGCCCGUAGACUUGGAGCAUGCAGUCGUGUUCGGCGAUGGUCGGAUCGAGCUCCAACGACAUUGUCUUGAUGGCAGCUUCGUGGUUGUAUUGAAUGAGACCACCGUGCAAGAUCUCACUACGGAGCUAGGAACGCCUGAUGCGACUCAUAGACCUGAAGGCGAACGAGCCGUUCCUGAGGAGACUGCACACAGGCGCACGGGCAGCACUUCCCGACCAAGGUCUAAUGGGCGGAGUCAUGCUAUCUCCCAACCAUCUAGCUACUCUUCUACUGGCACGGAUACCUUCGAGACAGAGUUCGAGCCUACAGAUGUGGAAGAAGACGCCUUUGACAGAGCAAGCAGGCAGAAGUUCUGGUGCUACUUCAAUCAUGGUCUAGACAUUCUUGUCGGUACACCUACAGAGUCCUCCACCCUGGCGAGUGGCGAUCCUUCCACGCGUACACCACUCAGCACAAGCCCGCAUCUAGUCGUACUCAAAGUAGUGAUCCACGGCAACGUCCCAGGGAGCUAUGCCUUCAACCGCCAUCGCCGGCUUCGCUGGACAAUCGUCCUCCCUACAAACAACUCAAACGGAGAUCUCAAUACAGAAGCACACUUCGAGAACGAAAUGAAACCCAUCCUCCUCGCCCACUACACCAGCCAUUUCGACUCCACUCACCCCUCAAACACCAUCAACUCCGAACUAGGCCGCGGCAAAGUCGUCAACAGAACGUGGGGUGGUGGUGGUGCGGCCUCAAGCGAAAGUAGUUUCUUCCUUCCUGAUGCCGAUGAAGAUGUUGAGGAUGCUGGGGCGGACGGUUUGGGAGGCCGCGACGAUGAUGAUAGUGGGAGUAGCGAGCAGUGGCUUGGUAAUACCAAGUUGUAUGCGUUUCCGGGGUUGGCGUUUGAGGUGCUGGAAAAUGGGGCGGUCUGUGGACUGACCGUUGGUUAA